CGAAAAUAAUAGACAAGACACGUGCGUGCGUGCAUUCGUAAUUUUAAAAGAUUAACACUUGCUUCGUGUGUUCAUAAAAAUUUAUAAAUUUUAUUAAAUCUUAAAAACGGUUGAAGUCUUGCCUGGAGAUAGACAGAAAAAUGUUCAGUCAAAAACAAAAUAAAUUAUCCUCCAAAAAAGUUGAAAGUAGUGAUGAUGAAGAAGAGUUGAAAGAAUUGCAGCAUCUGAAUAGAAAUGAGAAUAGGAAGCAAAGAAAGUCUGGUGGCUUUCAAAGCAUGGGGCUUUCUAAUCCAGUUUUCAAAGGGGUGAUGUUUAAGGGGUACAAGGUACCCACUCCUAUCCAGAGAAAGACGAUACCAAUGAUCAUGGACAAAAAGGAUGUUGUUGCCAUGGCUCGGACGGGGAGUGGUAAGACAGGUGCAUUCGUAAUUCCCAUGCUGGAAAGACUCAAAACUCAUAAUCCAACUGGUGCUCGAGCUGUCAUCUUGUCUCCAACCAGGGAACUGGCCCUGCAAACUUAUAAGUUUGCUAAAGAGCUGGGAAAGUUCACAAAACUAAAGUUUACAUUAAUUUUAGGAGGGGACAAGAUUGAAGAUCAGUUUGCUGCUCUACACGAGAAUCCUGAUGUUAUCAUAGCAACUCCUGGUCGAUUCAUGCACGUCUUAUCAGAAAUGAAUCUUAAGUUGUUGAAAGUUGAAUAUGUUGUCUUCGAUGAAGCUGAUAGAUUAUUUGAAAUGGGCUUCCAAGAACAACUUGGUGAAAUAUUGCAACGUCUUCCAGAGAAUCGACAGACGUUACUUUUCUCUGCCACUCUGCCCAAAAUGCUGGUAGAGUUUGCAUCCGCUGGUUUGAAUUCUCCUGAAUUGAUCAGAUUAGAUGUUGAUACAAAACUUCCUGAUCUACUAAAAUUGUUUUUCUUUGAAUGUCGAAGUGAUGACAAGGUUUGCGUUCUGCUCUACUUGUUGCAUCAUAUAAUAAAAUCAUCUGAACCAACUGUAAUAUUUGCUGCCACCAAACACCACGUUGAAUAUCUCAAUAUGGUUCUUACAAAGGCAGGCUACAAGUGUUCUAUAUCAUACAGCUCACUGGAUCCAAUAGCUCGCAACAUUAAUGUUGACAGGUUUCGCAACCGACGAACCAACAUUUUCAUCGUCACCGACUUGGCUGCCCGAGGAAUCGACAUUCCUCUUUUGGUCAACGUCAUCAAUUUCAACUUUCCUGCAAAACCGAAACUCUUUCUCCACAGAGUUGGGAGGGUGGCAAGGGCAGGCAACAGCGGCAAUGCGUAUUCCAUCGUGUGCGCUGACGAGAAGGCCUACGUUCUCGACCUGCACAUGUUCCUAGGCAGAACCAUCAACUUCGUCAAGGAGUCUGAUGCAGUAAAUAAUAAUGUCGCUGAUAACCUAUAUGGCUUGGUGCCACAGUCAGCAAUCGAUGAAGAAGAUAGGUUGAAAACUUGGAAUGAAACCGUUGAUUUUAAGAACAUGUUGAAAGUGACGUCAAAUGCGUAUAAACAUUACCUGAAAACACGAAACCCAUCAUCAUCAGAGAGCAUCAAGAGAAUGAAGGCAAUGUCCAAUGAGAAAUUGGGCUAUCAUCCUCUAUUUGCUCGUUUGUUUAGCCAUCUGAAAUUUUUUCAUUAA